AUGAGUCAACAAAUAUCAUCAAAUCCAACAGCUGGUGCUGAGGAACCAGUAGUAUUACAUUCUUCUAAAAAUCAUGCUAGAUUCAUAACAUUAAAUAGAGUAAGAAAAUUGAAUUCAUUAAAUACUGAAAUGAUUGAAUUAAUAACUCCAGAUUUAUUAAAUUAUGCUAAAGAACCAGUAAAUAAUGUUACUAUUUUAACUUCAAAUUCUCCAAAAGCUCUUUGUGCAGGUGGUGAUGUAGCUGAAUGUGCAAAUCAAAUCGUAAAGGGAAAUCCAGGUUAUGGAGCAGAUUUUUUUGAUAAAGAAUAUAAUUUAAAUUAUAUAAUUUCAACUUUACCAAAACCUUAUAUUUCAUUAAUGGAUGGAAUUACUUUUGGAGGUGGUGUUGGAUUAUCUGUUCAUGCACCUUUUAGAGUUGCAACAGAAAAGACUAAAUUAGCAAUGCCUGAAAUGGAUAUUGGAUUUUUUCCAGAUGUUGGUACUACUUUUUUUUUACCAAGGUUAGAUAAUAAAUUAGGUUAUUAUACAGCUUUAACUGGUACUAUAUUGAAUGGAUUAGAUGCUUAUUUUACAGGUUUUGCAACUCAUUAUAUUAAAUCUGAAAAAAUCCCACAUUUGAUUAAUAGAUUGGCAAAUUUACAACCACCUGAAAUUGAAGGAGAAAUUUCAUUAAUCAAGGGAAACAAUCAAUAUUUUCAACAAGUAAAUACUAUUUUGAACGAGUUCAGUGAAAAACAAUUACCAAAUGAUUACAAAUAUUUCUUAAGUGAUGAUGAUAUUGAUUUAAUAGAGAAAGCAUUUUCACAAAAUAAUAUUAAUGAAGUAUUGGAAUUUUUGAAAAAAGAUGAUUCACCAUUUGCUCAAAAAACUUUAAAAACAUUAUUACAAAAACCAAGAUCAUCCUUAGCCAUUGGUUUUGAAUUAAUGAAUCAAGGAUUAAAAAAUACAAUAAAGGAACAAUUUGAGUUAGAAAUGAUAGCAGCUACAAAUAUUCAAAGAUUACCACCAAAAGAAAAUGAUUUUGCAAAAGGUGUAAUUCAUAAAUUAGUUGAUAAAAUAAAAGAUCCAUUUUAUCCACAGUGGAAUGAUCCUAAAACUGUUACUCCAGAAUUUGUAAAAAAUAUACUAACUGCAAAUGAAGAUACAUUAAAAUUGUUAUCAUCACCAUUAAUUAAAAAAUGGUUUGGAUUAGAUUAUAAUGAUUAUCCAUUGAAUUUCGGGUUACCAAAAAACAAAGAAGUUGCUAAAUAUAUAGAAGGUAGUGAUGGAUCAAAUAGAACUUAUUUACCAACACCAGCUGAAGUUUUUAAACAUUUUAAAACCAAAACUGAUGAUAAGUUAGGUGUUGAUUUGAAAAUAAAGCAAAUCUUAGAUUUACAUGGUGAGACUGCAAAGUACGAUAAUAAAUAUGUUACAUGGAAAAAGUGA